CCUGUUACGCCCACAUCACAACCGAAAGCUUAACGCAUUUUAGCUGUUUCUGUUAGAUUUGUAUAGUACAUUAGUGAAAUAAAGCCUACAAAUGUAUUACAGAGCAGCGUGUGAUAUCAUGCUGUCUGCGUUACUUAUCUUCGGAUAUGCCGCCGUCUUCAUGGUGCCCGUGUUAUCGUGUCAAUCAAAGGAAUAUAAAACAAAUGAUGGACGGUGCUGCCCGAUGUGCAACAAAGGUAGAGUUGUUCAGAGAGACUGCACAGCAUUUUCAGGAACUCAGUGCCGUCCUUGUGAGAUGGGGACCUUUAUGAACCAACCCAACAGCCUGUAUAACUGUUUCCCCUGCACUGCCUGUGACACAGGUCGUGGUAUCUUUGUCAAGCAGAACUGUACAGCAACAACUGACACAGUGUGUGACGUUUUAAAUGGAUAUUACUGCAAAGGUUUGACAGACAGUAACAGAUGUAGUUUGGCAGAGAAACAUUCACAGUGUGAAGCUGGUCAGAGGAUAAAAGAACCUGGAACCAGCAGAAGUGACACAGUGUGUGAAGACUGUCAGCCAGGCUUUUUUUCCAAGGACGGUGUGAACUGCACAGGUUGGAAAACUUGCUCUGAGAGCCAGAUUAAAGUUGAAGAAGGAAGCUCAACCAGUGACGUUGUCUGUGGAAGCGCAUCAAGACAUCGUUAUGUUUUUAUUUCAUCUGUUGUGCUUUCCCUAAUAAUAGUAAUUUGCCUUGUGACAACAGGAUUUGUGAAAGCAAGGAAACCAGAUAAGAGCAGAAAACAAUUGCUCAGGGACUACUGAUGAUGCCUUAGAAUGCGGACCUC